UUGAAUCCUUGUGGGAUUUUUGUGACCAAAUUUUUGUUUCGGAAGUCGAAGGGAAGUACAGUGGGCCUUUGUCGUGGAUUGGGAUCUACAUCUCAAUAGCAUCAUUAUUUUGCAUUCUUGCCAUGUGAUAGCCGUUGCAAUGAAACUCCCUGUGGAUUUGAGUAGUCCAAUGCCUGGGUGGGUGGACCAAGCAGCUAAGCAAGGAAGCUUAGUCUUUAUGUGUAUGAUGAUGGCUAACUUAAUGCCUUCUUUGGCGUCCAUGGACAACAAGUCACUUAUUGCAAAUGUCGUAGGUUUUGCUAUUCUCAUUAUCACCAUAAUUGUGAAUAUGUUUAUGGAGAUUAAUACUGGAGUUAUUGAGAGAGAAGGUUUUAGUCUUGCUAUCAAUAAGUGGACGUUCAUAGAGCCUCACUUCAUGGAUGUAGGAUACAUCUAUGUUGCUUUUUUACUCUUCUUACUAAUAAUUUUGAUCUCUUCUGCUAUAACACUUCCAAUCUCUAAGCAAAUUCUAGAACUCAAGUAUCAAGCAAUUAGCAAAACAACUUUAUAUGAUCAUUGUCCCCAAGAUACAUUUGAUAUUCAGAAGCUGCAACAGCAUGUGAAAAGAUACUGGAUCAUGGCAGAAACUGGUAGCCCUCAAUUUGUGAUAGCUUGUAACCCGUUAUCACGUGCUUCCUGCGUAAUUUGUUUAACUGGUCUAGCCAUAUACAUAUCGCUUCUGGUGUCAAUUUUAAAAUUUCCAUUUCGGAUAAGAUUCCAAUCAGAUUACAAGUGGUCAAUGGUUGCCAUUGUUAUCACACAGUCCAUUGGAGUUGGAGUGGGUGUCAUCUCCCCAAUGUUUAGAUGUUUUACGGUUGUGAGCUUUAAAUCUUUUACAAGGUGGAAUAGGAACCAUUUGGAGGUAUUUAAAGUAGAGAAGUAUUGGACUCAACAGUUGUAUGAAUGGAAAGAAAGUCAUAUAACUUUUCUAUCAAAUGGCCAUAGAUCAAGAAAUCUUAUACGUAAUUUGAAAAAACCUAUUCUAAGUGCUUGGAUUGGAUUGCAGAAGGUGAUUGUGGUAACAUGCAAAAUUAUAGGGCUCAUCCCCACAGUGGUUCUACUCAUUUUCAUGUAUUGUUCAUAUUAUUUCAAGUCAAUAAAAGAAAUGAUGCUUAAUCCACCCUCAAGCACUCACGAUAUAGAUGAAGACCUUAGCAAUUAUGUUUUGUUACUUGAAGACAUUAUGGAGUUUGCUGAAAGAACACUUAAACGAAUUUCAAACUCCAUGAAUCGCGUGAUGCAAAAGGCCGAGAAGGAACAAGACGACAAUCUCUUAAAGUUUGUUGAAAGUUCUAUUGGAUUCAAGGGAGUAGAGAAUUUUGACAUUUGUCAAGUUCAACCACUACUUUCUAUUGAAUUUCCUAACAGUUGGAGCUUACCAAUUGUCACCUUAACGUGCAUCGCCAUUGCUCUCCCGCAUAUUGGUAAGGAUGCAACUAAUAACUUGUUCAAAUGUGUUGGUGAAGGUCUUUUUUACACCCAUAUUGUUGAGGAAAGCUUGAACAAUGCACGUCAAUAUGUAAACAUUCAAAAGGCAACUAUGACAUUGUGGGAUGAGGUUGAAGACAAGUACAAGUGGUUAGAGAACACUUUGGAAAAAAGAGCUUAUGAAGGAAAAACAUCAAGAGAGAUCCUUGAAUGGUUUGCUAACAAAGCAGAAGAAAUUGUGAUAGAAGUUAGCAAAAGCACAAAUAGAGGAGAACCGGUGGAAUACCUUCCAUGGAAGUUGAUUGUUGCUAAUUCAAUGUAUCGAAUUACACAAACAAUCAUUCUUACCAACCAAAGUAACAUCUUAGAGAUCAAUGAAGAAUGGUUGUUUACACUAUUAUCUCACAUGAUUGCAGACAUAUUGGUUGCUUGCUUCACCAACAUACCACGAGUCAUAACAAUAAAAUGCCAUGAAACUGCAAUAGAAAAACGAGAAGCUAGUGUUGAGGCUGCAGCAAAGCUUCUUGGUAGGACUACUGAGAUAAUAAAAAGACUUGAAAUGUAUGAAUUACCAAACAUUCAUCAGGAUAAGAUGGCAUUUAUUGAUGAAUGGCGUCUUCAUUUGCAAUGUAUCCCUUAACAUUUGUUGUCUUUCAUAUAGAUUGAAAGUAAUUUUCUGACUUCAUAACACAAUUCUUGUCUGUGUGUAUACAUAGGCUUAAUAUUUGGUUGUAAUUCUUGUUUUUUUUCACCUUAAAAUAUGUUGUCUAUCAUAUAGAUCGAAAGUAAUUUUUCAGUUUUAUUG